AUGGAGAUUUGAUGGAAACAGUCUAUAUGAAGCUUCCUCUUGGUUAUCCAUUACAACCACAACAAUCAGGUUAUGUUUUGCAAACUAAAAAAAUCGUUAUAUGGUUUAAAACAAGCUCCACGAGCUUGGUUUAAAAAAUUCCAUACCACUAUUUGUGCCUCUGGGCUUCGCCAAAGCUCUCAUGACCAUUCUAUGUUCUUGCGAGAAACUUCUGCUGCCAUGAUUAUCUUGCUUAUUUACGUUGAUGAUAUUAUCAUUACUGGAAAUGAUACUGCAGGAAUCUUUGACAUCAAAGCCAUACUUCAUUCAUCAUUUCAUAUGAAAGAUCUUGGAGCGCUUACUUAUUUUUUAGGCCUUGAGGUAACUUAUACAUCUAAUGGUUUAGGACUGAAUCAAACCAAGUAUACAUGUGAUAUAAUUCGUGAAGCCAACUUAACUGAUGACAAGGUUGCUCACACUCCCAUGGAAGUGAAUGUCAAAUACAAGAACGAUGAUGGGAAGCCAAUUUCAGAUCCCACACACUAUCGCAAGAUUGUUGGGAGCUUGGUAUAUCUCACCAUGACAAGACCUGAUAUUUCCUUCGCAGUUCACAUUCUAAGCCAGUUUGUAUCUGAUCCUCGACAACUUCACCUAGCAGCCUUGCAUCGCGUAAUCCAAUAUUUAAAAGGAAGUAUUAGGAGAGGUAUCUUCUUCCCAUCUUCUUCUAUGCUCAAUGUUAAAGGAUUUACAGAUGCAGACUGGGCAGGAUGCCCAGAUUCUCGUCGUUCAACUACAGGUUGGUGUAUGUUUCUUGGAGAUUCAUUGAUAUCAUGGAAAUGCAAAAAGCAAGAUCGUGUUUCCAAGUCAUCUACCGAGGCAGAAUAUCGUUCUAUGUCUACAGCAUGUUCAGAAAUUGUUUGGCUUCAAAGAUUACUAGAUGAACUUAGAGUGAAGUUGAAUGAACCAACUCAACUCUUUGUUGACAAUAUGAGUGCUAUUCAAAUUGCUAAUAAUCCUGUUUUUCAUGAACGGACCAAACAUAUUGAAGUAGAUUGUCACUACAUUAGGGAGCUUUUACAACAAGGGCUUAUUACCUUACCACACAUAAAGACUGAACACCAGCUAGCUGACAUAUUUACAAAAGCUAAGACAAGAGGUAGACAUGAAUUUUUGCUGGACAAAUUGAUGCUUAAAUCAGCAUCAAUUUGA